AUGGCCAAGUCUCUGGCACACCACCCUGCUAGCACACAACCUGUCGAUUCAGAGAAUGUCCCCAUGGAGGGUAAUGUGGAGACACCGCACCUUCUGGAGCAGAUCAAGGCUCUUCGUGGCACCGUCCGCUUCUUGCGCACAGAAAACUCGUAUCUCAAGGGACAGGACCUACUCAAGGAAAUACAAGCACUACCACAUCUCCCAGAACAUAUCAGUCGCGUACGUACACCUCCGCUGGACCCCUCAGGACAAUCCGACACAGAUGAAUCCGAUACAGAGCUUCCGCCCGCUCCUCCUACCAUUCGCUCGCUCGCCACAGAAACUAAGGUUCUCUACCGGGACAUCAUCAAAUUCUCUUCAUCGCCUCGUGUUGUUGAUCUAUCCGCUCUUCAUGCAAAGAGAGCAGAAAGUGAUUGUAAAGGUGGGAAGAUGUGGAUGCGGAGGAAGGAUAGCCCUGCUCAGCAAGUCCUUGAUCGGAAAAUAGAGGCCGAGAGACUUAGCAGACGCAUCAGAAGCCUAUUGGAUCGUGCAAAUGCGCUAUGAGGGGUUUCAUUAAUAUCU